UUUAUUAAGCAACAAGUGCCUUUGCAGCCGAAAAUUAAAAAAAAAAAAUUGGGUAUUUGCGAAAACAAAAACAACUAUUUAAAGCGGAAACGAUGUCCAGUGCAGCGCAUAUCCUGGCAUUGCUCUUGGCAUUGGCAUUAGGCUGCACAGCAGUCGAGGCUUUGCUGAAAUGUUGGCGCUGUUCAACCGAUGUCUCCAAUGGUGCCUUCUGCGAUGAUCCCUUCGAUCCAGAAUUUAUUUCCGAUCAACAACGCUACUGGAGCUACGUGAAUUGUUCAUAUUCGGCGGGUUAUAAGUCGGUCAAUGCACGGCCCGUUUGCAAGAAGCUGGUACAAGAAGUUUACGGUAAGCGUGUCAUUUCGCGCUCUUGCUUCUACGAGGACUACGACGAUUCCUCCGAUCGCUGCGGCCACGAAACGACCUCGUCCUACAUCAAAACGGUGUUCUGUCAGACGUGUAGCACAGAUGGAUGUAAUGGCGCCAGCGCCUUCUCGCCCUACGUCGCGCUAGUGCUGCUACCACUUGUAACGGUGCUGAUGAAGCGGUUCAAAUGAACAGCAAUGCGGUGGCAACCUAGUUGAGGCUAUUGAGGACAUAUUCGAAAUUCCAACGUAGCAAUACUUGUAUUUCUUAAAUU